AUGUCGAGAGAAACAGAUUCAUUCGCCAACAAAAAAUACGCAUUUACACUAGUUAGUCCUAAGCAGCUACUGCCGUCACCGGUUACCACACAGAAAAACAGAAUCCAAACUAGGAAAAAAGGGAAGAGUGCAAUUAUAACCUCUUCGCCUUAUAAGGAAGAGCUUGAGAAGGAAUUACAAGAAACACAACAGAUGGAGCAACUAAAAGUCAAAAGGAACAUCGAUAGACAAACGAAGAAAGAAGAAAAACAGAAAAUAAUCGAGCAAAAACAAAAACUGAUGAAAAAAAAACAGCAAAAUCGGAUAAGACAAAAAGGAAAGCGUCCCAGACAUGAGUCAACUGCCGAAAGCGACGAUGAGGACGACACCUCAUGUCUCUAUUGCAGUGGAUUAUAUUCCGAAUCUGUAGAAGGCUGGAUAAACUAUAUAAAGUGUAAUAAAUGGGCGCAUUGCGGUUGCGCAGACGUUGAGGAUGAUGACAAUGAAGCCCACGUACAUCUGUUUAUUUUGUAA